AUGCCACCAAAACGGGGCCGAAAGAAGAAGAAUGUGGAGGCGGAGGCGGAAUUGUCGGCGGAAGAGCAUUUCUCCGACGACGAGGUGUAUGAUCCCCCGGAUGAAGAGGAAAUCGUCUUCGAAGAGGCGAUUGCAAGACCUCAGAAGCUUCGAUUAAGCGAUGUGAACACAUCAAGUGGGUUUAUUUUGAUUAUUCUCUUGUGAAUUUAGGUUUAAAUUAACGGAUUUGGCAAUAAAAAUAUUGUAAUUGGCCUGGAAAAGCCUGUCAUGAGCUGUUUUGGCUAUUUUACGGCUAAUUUUGCAUGCUCUUUCCAUAAAUUAUGUUAUCCAUGUGGCAAGCUUAAUAAUUUUAUUCGAAUUGAUGUUCAAAUUAACAAAUCUUGGCUGAAAGACAUAUUUUGAGGUCUGAUAAUUCUAUCUGCGAUUAAAUCGUGUUAUUUUACCUCUAAUUUUGCCACUUUUUGUCUAAAAUUAUACAUAUUAUCCAUGAAUAAAAAAUUUUAUUUUUUGCUGUCCAACCUAAUAUAAUCUGUUUUACAGACCUCCGACUGAACAAAGUAGACGUCCGACGGUAUGUGCAGGCUUGUAACUACAGCUGGGUGGAUUUUAUGAAAAGAAAUGGAGUCAGCGACGCCUUGAAAAAACUGGUCGAUGAAAGGCGAUUUGAAUACGAAGUGGUGUCGGAUGUAUUGUAAGUGUUUUGUUUUUCAGUUUUCUUCGUUUUUAGAUGACGAUUCAGAAUUGUUGGAGUGCUAUUUUCCGGAAAUUUUCUUAUAUUAUCCAUGGCAAUUUCAGCGCGGCCCUUCCUGAUUUGGCGAAUUCCGAGUCCCUGGACUUGUAUCAGACCCAAAUCAAGCCCUCCCAACUCUCUCAUCUGAAUUCGGCGACCAAAAUGGCCAAUCAUAUGGAGCGACAGGCCAAAGAAGAUCCACCAACACAUCAAGAUGCCCUCCGGUUAAAAUUCCUCGAAUGCCGGGAAAUACGGUAUCCCACGGACACCAAAAAGCCCGACGCCUACUUCGGAAGUGGCCUAGAUGCUUAUUGCAAAGAGUUGUGGCAGAAUAAAGACGCCACCGCCUACAAUGACAAGGAAUUUCAGACGCCCAGCUCAGCCCUCAUGGUGAAUAUCGGGAACCCGAUUGCGGCCAUUGCCAUCUGCCCCAAUGCUGAUGAGUUGGGGAAUGAAUUGUUGGCCCUUUCAGCGUUCCCAGACGAAGAAUGGCUCACACCGGAUGAGGAGGUGAACAGCUAUGUACAGUUUUAUUCAUACAACCCAAAUGAUUUUAAGUCAGUUUUUUUAUUAUUUUUUUUUAUGUUUUUAGGUAAAGAGGUAUUGAUAUGGCAUUUGGAAGGGAUAUAAGUGAAAUUCAGACCGUUGGAGUGAAGAGUUAUGAGGAAUUUUGAAAAAAUUUACCUUACUUUAGGUAAAGUAGUAUAAUUUUUAUGAAUUAUAGUCGAUUUUGGGGAUAAAUUCGAAGGAAAAGAGCUUUUAGAGGAUGUCUGUGGAAUUUGCACACUAUUUGAGUUAUGUUUUGAGUAAGAUGUAGCCAAAAAAUUAAAAUUUAUAUUAUUUUAGGUAAUAAAUUUAUAUUCAUUGGCUAGUUUGGGUAUUUUUCUUUGUCCACAUCCCGGAUUUUGGUUGUAAUUAGAAGCACAAGGCUUUUUAAACGUUCUGAAAUUGAUAUAUCUCUGGUUUUGAGAUAAAAUUUUUUAGUGGUACCUAAAAUAAGGUGAUUUUUUGCUAUUUUUGACGAUUGCUAUCUAUUUUUAGGUAGAUUAUGGGUUAUAAAUGCCAUAUUAGAGCCUUUUAUUGAUUUUUGUUUAAUUUUUGUUUCUCAAAAUUUCUUAUUUUUCGUAUUUUAGCAGCGCGAAAUGCCGAUUUCUCCUGGAAAUCCCCUCCCAAAUCGUUUUGGACCUCAAAUUCUGCCCAAACUUUGUGAAUGUGCCCGGAAACCCGAAGGCAAUCGACGACUCCUCCGAUUUCCUCGGCCUUUUGGCCGUCUCCACCUCCAAAGGAUUGGUUUUGAUCUAUCGAAUUUCCAAAAAUCUCCCCCAAAAAAUCGAUGGAAAAGUCCCAAUUGUCAGCCUGAAACCAUCGAUCACUCUGGUCCACCCUGAAAUCCAGGUCAAAACUAGCAAUUCGGACGGAGGAACGCAGGAAAUCGGCACUUCCAGUCGAAUCCCAAUAUUUUCGUUGGAUUGGCCCCCGGUUGACGGCGGAAAUUUGAUCCUGGCGGCGUCGGAAGCACGUAAGUGGGGAUGUCUUGAAUUGAUAACGGUAGAAUAGAGAUCUGGCUACGUUUUGACACCAAAAUUGUAGGAAAUAAAGGGUUUUGAAGCGAUUCAUGACCUUGUUUUAGACACCUACAGCUGAUUUUGGACGAUUUUUGAUAGAAGUUGCAAUUUUUGAAUUAUCUGUUGGGAAUUUUGAGUUGAAAAUGGUAGAAUAAAGCUCUGGCUUCUUUUGACAACAAAAUUGUAGGAUUGAGAGGGGUUUGAAGCGAUUUAUGACCUUGUUUUAGACACCUACGGCUGAUUUUAGAUGAUUUUUGAUAAAAAUUGCGAUUUCUGGGUAUUUUGUUUAGAAUUUGGCAUUGACAAUGGUAGAAUAGAGCUCUGGCUACGUUUUGAGACCAAAAAUGUAGGAUUGGGCGGGGUUUGAAGCGAUUUAUGACCUUGUUUUAGACACCUACAGUUGAUUUUGGACGAUUUUUGAUAGAAGUUGCAAUUUUUGAAUUAUCUGUUGGGAAUUUUGAGUUGAAAAUGAUAGAAUAAAGCUCUGGCUUCGUUUUGACACCAAAAUUGUAGGAUUGAGGGGGGUUUGAAGCGAUUUAUGACCUUAUUUUAGACACCUACAGCUGAUUUUGGACGAUUUUUGAUAGAAAUUGCAAUUUCUGUAUGUUUUGUUGGGAAUCUUGUGCGGAUUUUGGAAUAUUAGAGCUCUGGCUACGUUUUGAGACAAAAAAUUAGGAUUGGGAGGGGUUUGAAGCGUUUUGUGACCUUGUUUUAGACACCUGCAGCUUAUUUUGGACGAUUUUGGAUAAAAACUGAGAAUUUUUCGGAGAAUUCUUGAAGUUUCGUGUUGAUAUAAGAGGGAUAUGACUCUAUCUACAUUUUGAUUACAAGAAAAACGAAUUUAGAGGGCUAGUUAGACAAAAAUCUCUGAUUUUAGGCGAAAAUUCUGAUUUUUUCGCCAAAAUUCUUGGAGUUUUGGGACGCUAAUCAAAGAACAGAGUGUUGGCUAUGUUUUGAAGUAAAAAGAAUUUUAUUUUCAGGCCGAGUGAUGAUCUGGGACCUGAGCGAAACUCCCGAACCCAGAGAAAUGACUGAAGAAGCAUAUCUCCAGCUCUCCGACACCCUCCUGCUCCCCAAACUGACUCUGUUCGAGGCGUCCUGGCAGUCCCCACCCAACACUGUCUGUUUCCUCAACGAAAACGAACGUAGGAUUACUGUAAUUUGGGGGUUUCCAAAGUUUUUUCGACUUUUAGUGGUGAUCGCCUUCCGAAAUCGCACAAUCCUGGUCUACAAAGUGCCCGAAUGCGAAGUCUGCCUCACGGAAUCGACCCCCAAAUCGGCGGGAGUCGUGGUCACGGCCGCUCCGGCCACUUUUCGCUCCUUUCUUUCGGCCGACGCCACCCUCGCCAAUGUGGAUGGGAUUUUGUACGCGCAGACCUGCUACAUAUCCCUGAAAGAGGCCGGAUAUGAAGUGGCUUUGAUCCCAGCGUUGAAUAGGUGGGCAAAAAUUUGGAUUGCAGUUGGGAUUUGACAGUUUUUUGAGGUUUUUUUGGUGGAGGGGCCAAGUGUAAUAUAAAUUUGGUCGAUUUUAACAAAAAUUUUGGUUGAACUGGCGUCUUGAUUGGAUUUUUAGGCCAUUUUAGUAUUGAAGUUUCAUUUGGAAUCGAAAAAUGCGGCUUUAGACAUCUGUUUUAUAUUGUACUAGGGCACCAAGUGUAAUAUAAAUUUUGUUGAAUUGGACCAGAAUUUUUGUUGGAAUAGACGCUAGAUUGAAUUUAGAGACUUGUUUUGGUUUUUUGAAUGGGCUAGAUUGGAAUUUUAUGCGAGUUUUUGCCGAUUUUAGUACCAAGUGUAAUAUAAAUUUUGUUGAUUUUGGCCAAAAUUUUGGUUGAACUGGCGUCUUGAUCGGAUUUUAAAGACUUUUUGGUAUUGAAGUUUCAUUUGGAAUUGAAAAAUUCGGCUUUGGACAUCUGUUUUAUAUUAUACUAGGGGACCAAGUGUAAUAUAAAUUUUGUUGAAUUGGACCAGAAUUUUUGUUGGAAUAGACGCUAGAUUGAAUACAGAGACUUGUUUUAGCUUUUUGAAAGGAGUGGAUUAGGUUUUUGUACGAGUUUUUGACGAUUUUAGUGUGGAGGGACCAAGUGUAAUAUAAAUUUUGUUGAUUUUAGCCAAAAUUUUGGUUGAACUUGCAUCUUGAUUGGAUUUUUUGGACAUUUGGUAUGGAAGUUUUAUUUUGAAUUGAAAAAUUCGGCUUUAGACAGCUGUUUUAUAUUAUACUGGGGGACCAAGUGUAAUAUAAAUUUUGUUGAUUUGGACCUGAAUUUUGGUUGGAAUAGACGCUAGAUUGAAUACAGAGACUUGUUUUAGCUUUUUGAAUGGGGUAGAUUGAGAUUUUGGACGAGUUUUUGCCGAUUUUACCAAGUGCAAUAUAAAUUUUGUUGAUUUUUGCCGAAAAAAAUGUUGGAACAGACGCUAGAUUGAAUAUAGAGACCUGUUUUGGCUUUAUGAACGGGGUGGAUUGGGUUUUUCUACGAGUUUUUGCCGAUAUUAGACUAAGGGACCAAGUGUAAUAUAAAUUUUGUUGAUUUUUGCCCAAAAAAUGUUGAAAAUGGAGUUAUGAGGCGGUUUUUAGGCCAGUACGACUUCGGAAUUUAAUUUUUUUUCUAAAAUACGGAUGUGUUUUUUAAUUUUGUUUUCGAAUUUUUUUGAAAUUUUUUGAUUUUCAGUCAUCAACUCCAAAUUUUCGACGUGAAACUGUGCCCGCGGACCGGUCUGUGCGUGUCGUGCGGGGCGGACGGCCGCCUUCAGCACUCCAUCAACGCGCGAAACCGCCCCAGAGAAGUGGACGGCGACUUUAAUGCGGACAAUCUGAACUUCCUGACCGGCCGACCCAUUAUUCACCUGAUCAGACAUCGAAAAGUGAAAGGAAUCGCCGAUGUGGCCGAGAAACCCCCGCCCAAAAAAGCAAAGGCCAAAAAGAAGGAGGAGGAAAUGGAGGACGAGAAACCCCAAGUUUUGAUCAAAAAUGAGGAUGUUCGCCAAGGAAAUUGGAUGGAAAUCAGGUGCGGCGACACGAGUUUGAUCGAUCUGGCACAGGUAAAAAAUUUUGGAAUUGAUUUUUGAACUUUUUUUGAAGUCUGGAAAAAAAAUUUUUUGCACAGUGCGGUUUUUUUGUAAAAAAAAUUUUGCACUGUGCGGAUUUUAGUGGAAUUUUUUUUGCACAGUGCCCUUUGCACAGUGCUUUCUUUUAUAAAAAAUAUUUGCACUGUGCGAUUUUUUAUAAAAAUUUUUUGCACUGUGCGAUCUUUUUUGGAGAUCUUUUUGCACUGUGCACAGCUGUGCAGACCUUCUAGAACUUUUUUGCACGGUGCAAAGUAAUUUUUCCCUUUGCACAGUGCGGCUUUUUACAAAUUUUUUUUUGCACUGUGCGGAUUUUACGAGCGGAAGUUUUUUUUUGCACAGUGCAGACUUUUUAGAGUCUUUUUUUGCACAGUGCGAGGUAACCUUUCCCUUUGCACAGUGCGAAUUUUUGAAAAAUUUCUUUUUUGCACAGUGCAGAAUAAAAAAAUUGGAUUUCAUUGGCACUUUAAUGUAACAAAGAGUUGUAAAAUAUCAUAGACAGAUCUUUUAGACAGCAGAUUUGUUAUCACGUAAAAAAAAAUUAUUUUUUCUUUUGCACAGUGCGAAUUUUCGAAAAUUUAUUUUUUGCACAGUGCAGAAUAUAAAAAUUUUAAUUUUGGUUUCUGUACGAUUGAAAAAGUGGUUUUAAAAUGUAUUAGUGGAUAGAUUAGACAGUAAAAUUCUGGUGAUAACCAAAAUUGUCAAUUAAAUCGGUCAUGAUGACGAAUUUUUUGGAAUUGAAAAAAUUUUUUUUUCUUUUUUUAUAAUUUAAUUAUGCAAGUUUCAGUUGAAAAAGCAUCGAACCCAGCUCGCGCAGACUCUUUUGGAUCGACGAAUCGAGUCCUUCACCAGAGUCGCCAUCAGCACCCGAACCGCGGGAUUGACAGCGGUUGGCGGCGAAGCCGGCCUGGUUUUUGUCCUCCCAACUCUGCUAUGA